GCAACGGCAGGCGCUUAACGGUUAAAACAGUAAAAUGUUUUUGUUUAUUUACUUGACUGUUCUAUUGCUCGCAGAGCAGUCAGUUCAAGCGCAAAUCGCCUUUACCAAGCUGCCUUGCACCGUGCGUAAUCCCAAAAUUGUGGGCGGCAGCGAAGCUGAGCGAAAUGAAAUGCCCUUCAUUGUCAGUUUAAUGCGCCGUGGUGGCCACUUCUGUGGCGCCACCAUUAUACACGAACGCUGGAUUCUAACAGCCGGUCACUGCAUCUGCAAUGGCUUGAAUGAGAUUAUGAAACCCACGCAAAUUCAAGGUGUUGCUGGGCUACACAGUAUUAGAGAAUACCAUAAUAGCAUCAACAAUGGGCCUGAUGCUGUGCGCGUGGACUUUAAGCGCAUUGUGCCCCACCCCCAAUACAAUUGCAAUAAUGUUCAACAUGAUAUAGCGCUACUGGAGCUACUUCAUCCAAUUGAGUUCACAUCGCAUAUACAGCCCAGCUGCAUAAAUUCGGACAAGGCGCUCGAUAGUGCAGAGCAGGAGCAUGAAUUUGGCACUGUCUCUGGCUGGGGCUGGACGCAAGAGAAUCAGGCAGAAGGCGAACGUUCAGAUAUAUUGCGCAAGGCUACAGUCAAAAUUUGGAACAACAUAGCCUGUGAGCGUUCCUAUCGUGCACUUGGCAAGUCCAAUAGCAUCACAGACACACAAAUGUGUGCCGGCUAUAUGAAUGGUCAAAUUGAUUCGUGUUGGGCUGAUUCUGGUGGCCCACUCAUGUCCAAGGAUCAUCAUUAUCUAUUGGGCGUUGUGUCUACAGGAAUUGGCUGUGCGCGUCCUGGCUUGCCAGGAAUCUAUACAAGAGUCAGUAAAUACGUACCGUGGAUGCGAGAUGUGAUCUUCAACAAAAACUAGUCGCUAAGCAACUUAAUAAAUUACUGUGAUAUUAGCUGUGUACACUUAAUAAUAAGCCAAAUAAAUACUAAACUUA